CUCGGCCCCCUCUGCAGAAAACUCCCCAGCCGCCUUGCAGAGUAGUCAGCCUUCCAGGGCACGGAACUCCGCCGCUGGCAUCGCCCUGCAGCCGCCGCCUCCUCCGCGCGACCCAGCGAUCGUGGAGCUCGGGAACUCCCUGGAGGAACUCGGACUCCGUUCUUGAAGAAAAGAUAACGGUAGAAAAGAUGGUGGCAGAUUGCCUGACAAAUUGUUACCAGGUCUCGGUAACUUUUGAUGACGUGGCUGUGGACUUCACCCAAGAAGAAUGGAUUUUAUUGGAUCAAGCUCACAGAGACCUCUACAGAGAAGUGAUGCUGGAGAACUACCAGAACCUGGCCUCAGCGGGAUGUGAGGUCAUCAAACCCAGUCUGAUCUCCUGGUUGGAAGAAGAGGAUUUGCACAGAGAAGAUCUCCAAGAAUGGGAAAUGCCACUUGGCACCAAAGAGUCAACAUUGCGCCAGGAUUUUUUGAGGGGACAGACUUCCAGUGGAAUGCAAACAGUCAGAAGCCAUAGUGCACAAGAACUCUGUUAUUAUAUACAAUGUGGAGAAAUCUUCAGUGAGCAUUCAUAUUUCAAGACACAUAUGAAAACUCACAGUACUUGCAACACUGAACAUUUUACUCACUCAAGUCCUGAUGCCUCUGUUCAAGUGCACACCAUAAAAACGUAUCCAUGUAAGAUUUGUGGAAGAGCCUUUGGACGUUCUUCAAAUCUUAAUAGACACUUACGAAGUCACACUGGAGAAAAACCCUAUGAAUGUAAGGAAUGUGGGAAAGCCUUCACUACCUACUCAAGACUAGUGGAACAUUUUAGAACUCAUACUGGAGAGAAACCAUACAAAUGCAAGGACUGUGGGAAAGCUUUUGCUAAGAGGUCAGGCCUUAUAACACAUAUAUCAACCCAUGCUUCAGAGAAGCCCUUUGCAUGUAAAGAGUGUGGGAAAGCCUUUGCUUCAUCCCCGCGCCUUAGUCAGCAUAUAAGAAUUCACAGUGGAGAGAGACCUUACAUAUGUAAGGAAUGCGGAAGAGCCUUCCUCACUUCCUCAUACCUACGGAACCAUAUAGGAAGAACUCACAGUGGAGAGAGACCCUAUAUAUGUGGAGAAUGUGGAAAAGCCUUCCAUUCUUACUCAAAUCUACGUAGACACGUGAGAACUCACAGUGGAGAAAGACCCUAUAUAUGCAAGGAAUGUGGAAAAGCCUUCCUCAAUUCCUCAUACCUACAUAACCAUAUAAGAAAAACUCACAGUGGAGAGAUGCCUCAUAUAUGUGGUGAAUGUGGGAAAGUCUUCCAUGCUUCCUCAUACCUGCGUAGACACUUAAGAACUCACAGUGGGGAGAGACCAUGUAUAUGUAAGGAAUGUGGGAAAGCCUUCCUCAACUCCUCAUACUUACGCAAACAUCUGACCAUUCAUACUGGAGACAAACCCUACGAGUGUAAAGACUGUGGGAAAGCCUAUCGUAGGUACAAUCUGCUACAUGACCAUUUAAAAACUCACACAGUAGAAAAGCCAUUUGAAUGUGAUGUGUGUGGGAAAUCCUUUCAAUAUUUUUCAUACCUUACUAAACACAUUCGUAUUCACACUGGAACAAAACCCUAUAAGUGUAAGUACUGUGGGAAAGAUUUCACUACUUCCUCAAGCCGAACUGAACAUAUCCGAACUCACACUGGUGAGAGGCCCUAUGAGUGUACGGAAUGUGAGAAAACCUUCACUUCAUCCUCUAACCUCAUUCACCAUGUAAAAAUCCACAACAGAGAGAAACCUUUUGUUGAGAAUGUAGGGAAGCCUACAGCAGACUUUACCUACUAACCAAACACUAGUAACUCCCAGUGAACAGAAUCACUUCAGAUAGGAAGAAUGCCAAAAAUCCUUAAUCCCUCGUGUCUUGAUUCCAUCAUACUGGAACUUAGAAUUUUAAGAAACUAAUGUGGAACAGCCCCCAUUUAUGACAGUUUAUUUUGAAAACAUGAAAGAACCCAUACUCAAGAUGUCCCAUGAAUGUAAGGAAAGAAAUAUUAAAGCCCAUACUAUUUCCUAGGAACUUAUUAAAUAUGUGAGACUUCACAAUGAAGGGAAAUACACUGAUGUAAGACAUAUAGAAGGUUGUAGUUCUGCUAAGUAUUUUUAAUUCAUUUGUUCCAACAGUUGAGAAAACUUUGAAGGUAAAGCAUGUUAGAAAGUCACAUGAACUUAAUCCUCAGUGUUUAGUAAACAUUAUAAUUCAUACCCAAGAGAAAUCAACUCUAUGGAAAGUUUGUCCAUGUGCCCUGAAAUGUAGUAUUGCUGGCAGCAGUAAGGUCUGUUGGAUGAUAUUGUUUCUUUUGAACUCCUGAUAUCUGUCCUGAUAUUCCUAGAGUGAUAUAUUUUCUUUCCUCUAAGCACCAUUUCAUCUUGGUUGUUACAACUUCUGGGUAGCAAGCUGGUGAUAUGAGGACUUUUGGAAUAUAAACAUGGUUUUAGUAUAGUGUAGAUUCUCUAGUUGGCUUAUCAUACUAUUAAACAUGCUAUCCUAUAAUAACUUACAGUAGCUAAAUUUCAUAAUACAGUUCUCAUGGUCUUUAAAA